AUGGCAACCAUGGUGAACAUGAACAGCCUCCUCAACGGAAAAGACUCUCGCUGGCUCCAGCUCGAAGUGUGCCGGGAGUACCAAAGGAAUAAGUGCUCGCGACCCGACAACGAGUGCAAGUUUGCGCACCCCCCGACGACCGUUGAAGUGCAGAAUGGAAGAGUCACUGCCUGUUACGACAGCAUCAAGGGCCGAUGUAACCGCGAAAAACCUCCCUGCAAGUACUUCCACCCGCCGCAGCACCUCAAGGACCAGCUACUAAUCAACGGGCGGAAUCACUUAGCACUUAAAAACGCCUUAAUGCAACAGAUGGGUCUGACGCCUGGCCAGGUGCUGCCUGGCCAGGUCCCUACCGUGGUGGGCGGCGUGAGCGGAGCAGGCGCGGCCGCGACCCAUCUCGCCGCCCUGGACCCGAUCAGUCUCGCCCUGCUCGCCCCGCAGGCUACAUCGCCGUAUCUGUCCGGCGUACCCGGUGUCGGUUCGACGUACGCGCAGUACUACACGCCCCAGCUGGUACCCGCCAUGCUGGGCCACGACCCCGCAGCGGCGGCGGCGUCUCCGCUAGGCGUCAUGCAACAACCUGUGUUGCAACAGAAACUACCCCGCACCGAUCGCCUCGAGAGUUGGUCGGUUACCGGGAUAGUAGUGAGUAGGAGGGAAAUAUGGCGGGCGCUGGCGCGAGCGCGGGCGCACGAGCGGCGACAUGGCUGGUGUAUGGUGGUGCAGGUGUGCCGGGAGUUCCAGCGCGGCGCCUGCAAGCGUGCAGAGUCCGAGUGUCGCUUCGCGCACCCGCCGCCGCCCGUCGUCGCCCACGACGACGGCUGUGUCACGGUGUGCAUGGACGCCGUCAAGGGCCGCUGCGUCCGCGACCCCUGCCGCUAUUUCCACCCUCCCCUGCACCUGCAGGCGCACCUUAAGGCGCAGGCGCGCGGCGCGGUACGCCACCAGGCUGCACGCUCUCGCCUCGCUCGAUCGCGCUCGCUUCACUUCUUCCGCUUAGUCACAGUUAAUUUUAAGAAACCAACUCGCCUCACACAGACGACUUUGUCGUUUCAACAGACAGACACUCACCGCUUUAAGUCUUCUAGGAAGGAUAUUAUGUGUAUUCAUGUGUAUUCUGUGCAUCUAUUACAUCGUUAUUGUUUCCGUCCCGUCCUGCGCCGCUUCGCUUCACCUAGACGGCCGGCGGAGCGCAGCAGGCGGCAGGGAGUGCGACUUCGGAGGCGGGAAAGAAACGGCCGGCGCCCGCCGAGCUCGAGCCGCCACCGGUACAACUGCCAGCUUUGCACGCUUGUUGUCCCUGUUCCCUCCAGCUCCUGGCUCCCGCACGCUUCCUAUGCGUUCCAUGGCGAGGCGCACGCGACGCGACACGGCCCCCCCCGCCCGUGUCGUGCCGCGUACGCCUGCACACGCCCCUUGCAAACGAGCCCGUCGACCUCCGCUCAACCAUCUUGUUUCUCGUUUCAGAUGGACAUGAAGAGCGUCGGAUCCUUCUAUUAUGAUAACUUUGCCUUUCCUGGUGUGGUAUCAUACAAACGCCCGGCUGCGGACAAAGCCGGCAUGCCCGUGUACCAGCCGCCGACGACUUAUCAGCAACUGAUGCAGUUGCAGCAGCCGUUCGUGCCCGUGUCAUGUGAGUACCCCGCGCCCGCGACGUCCGCCCCGCCGACCGCGGUGCCCGUCUCCGCACCGGCUAUGCCUCCUCCGCAGCCGGCGCCCGCGCCUCACCCGCCCCCGCAGCCCGCCCCGCCGCAGCCGGCCCUGCCCCCCACCUUGCCGCCCACUCUGCCACCACAACCGUCGGCGGCACCCUCACCGCCCUCGUCAUUGCCGGACUCCGCCACGCCCGACCCCGCUGCAGUCGCCAAAGAAGUGGCGCAGAAGAAUUAUGCCGCAGCUUUGGCUUUGGCGGCGCAACAGUCGGCCAUGGCUCACGCGGCCGCCGCAUAUACACAGCAAGCCUUUAAAGCGCGGGCCGCUAUGCCGGGGCUGAUGCGAGCGCCGCUGAUGAUGAGGCCGACGGGCUGGCCUACUCCGCCGAUGCCCAUGCAGUUCUACCAGCAGCCAUAUAUGUACGCCAUGCCGCCCCCGACUCCGCCCGCGGCAGCUGCGGCUGCGGCGGCGGCGGCGGCCGCUGCGGUCAAUCCUUAUAAGAAAAUGAAAACCACUUAA